ACUCUCUCCCUUCUUUCCCCUCUCGCACGGUCACGCCAAGGACGCCUCUACUCUCCAGAGCCCUCUUUGCCGUGCUUCUUCUCUCUGCAGCGAUCGGCGAGGGCAGCGAUGGCGUGGGCGACGCGGUUCCUGGCGGCGGUGUGCUUCUUCGCGGCGGGCGUCCUCUACGCCCCCGACGGCCUCCUCGGCGCCCGCUCCGGCUCCGGCGCCGGCGCCGCCGUCACGGCCGCCAAGGUCGCCCACCUCCUCUGCUUCGCCACCUCCUGGGGCGCCGCGCUCUGGGCCACCUUCAUCGGCGGCAUCAUCAUGUUCAAGAAUCUGCCGAGGCACCAGUUUGGGAACCUGCAGGGGAAGAUGUUCCCGGCCUACUUCACGCUCAUCUCCGCCUGCGCUGCCAUCUCUGUCGCCGCCUUCGCCUACCUCCACCCGUGGAAGGCCGCGUCCACCGUCGAGCGCUACCAGCUCGGGUUCCUCAUCUCCGCGCUCGGCUUCGACCUCUCCAAUCUGCUGGUCUUCACCCCCAUGACCAUCGAGAUGAUGAAGAAGAGGCACAAGAUCGAGAGAGAACUUAGCAUUGGUGAUGAAGUUGGAUGGUCAAAGAACGUGAAGACUGCAAAAAGCAACCCUGCCCUCGCUGCGAUGAAUAAGAAGUUUGGGAUGAUCCAUGGGCUCUCAUCGCUGGCCAACAUCAUGUCAUUCGGCAGCCUGGCCAUGCACUCCUGGUAUCUGGCCAGCAAGCUUCAGCUUUGAAGUGUACAAUCACCCGUCUUCACCAUGACUCGGUUGAAUCUGGCCGCAUCUCAGUGUGUCUACAGUUCAUUCUAAAAAAAAUGGAUUUGCGUUAUGAGCCUGCAAACAGAUUUAACUGUAUCGUGACUCAAAGUCACUCGACGUUGGAUCAUUGUGCUUGAAAAACCUACAGAACGCAUGUAAUUGUCUCCAGUUUAUUAGGAGUAUAGAAAAUUUGUGACUCUGGUCUGUGCUCUCUCUAUAGUCUAUAGUACAGAAUGCAAUAGCCAGUUCUAUUAGUUGCUUCAUAUGACAUGGUUAUAGUUUCAGCUUCCGUUUGAGCUUGAAAAGAAGACAUUUCUUACUA